GCUUAGCCAAAAGCCAAUUUGAAGGCUAUUCAUGUUAUAAAUUUUUGCUUUUACUUUGCACCCAACAAUUUGGCACCUGUUUGUAUAAUCGAAUAUUCUGUCCUUAUUUUUGGUUAUUUGGUAUGUAGUAAUUUUCAUAUCCAUCUAAUUGUGAAGUUCUUUAACCAUGUAUGCCAAAUCUUCUGGAAUUUAUGGCUUCUCUCUCCUUCCAGGUUGCUAGGGUGCUAAAUUUGAUUUACAGGCUUGUGGUUCAACCGAACACAUCGCGGGCUCAAACCUUUGCUGAGGCAUUUAUAUCAUGUGGUGGCAUGGAGACCCUUCUUGUUCUGUUGCAGCGUGAAACAAAAUCUGGAGACAGUGAUGUCACACAAAUGUUGACUGAACAUGAUAAAGGUUUAUCUUCUGCCAAAGUUGAUGAAGAUAAUAAUCAUGGUGAUGGGAAAUCUUUGGAGAGAAAAGAUCUUAGUUUACAGGAGAAUGCUUCUGAAUUUGAGAAUUUUGAUGGUUCUACUGUAUCUAACACUGAGAGGAUUUCAUCCACAUCCGCUAAUCCAUUACCUAAAAACUUGGGUGGUAUAAGUUACUUAAUUAGUGCUGAAAAUGCACUGAAUAAUGCGUAUAAUGCUGACAAAAGUGACGGCAUAAUCGUACGAGUUGUUAACCUCUUGGGUGUUUUGGUAAUAUCUGGACAUUUAAAAUUUGAUUCACCUGCUCCUUUGGAUGUGACAAGCAACCUCCAUGGUUUGCCUGAGGCAGGAGGUACCAUGUUUGAUGACAAGGUUUCUCUUCUUCUUUUUGGUCUACAAAAGGCUUUCCAAGCUGCACCUAACCGGCUUUUGACAUCCAAUGCGUACAAGGCUUUAUUGGCUGCCUCAAUAAAUGUGUCUUCAACAGAGGAUGGUCUAAACUUCCAUGAUCCAGGGCACCGCUUUGAGCACUUGCAAAUCUUGUUGGUUCUUCUUCGUUCGCUUCCGUAUGCAUCAACAUCACUGCAAAGUCAAGCACUUCAGGAUCUUCUGAUUUUGGCUUGCGGUCAUCCAGAAAACAGAAGCAGCCUAACAAGCAUGGAAGAAUGGCCAGCGUGGAUCUUGGAGAUUCUCAUAUCUAAUUAUGAGAGAAGUGGAAGUAAAAAUGGUAACCCUUCCAGCUUGAAGGAUGUAGAAGAUUUCAUACAUAAUUUCUUGAUAAUAUUAUUAGAACAUUCAAUGCGCCAGAAGGACAGAUGGAAGGAUAUUGAAGCUACAAUUCAUUGUGCAGAAUGGCUGUGUAUGGUGGGUGGUUCUAGCACUGGAGAUCUAAGGCUCAGGUAUUGCCUGCCCAAAUUACAUUUUUCAGUAUUCUGGUUUAUAUUGUAGAGAGCCAUGGAUUAGGACAAUACAAAUCUAUUGGUUUCUACAGCAGAUCUUUCAUAAAUUAGAACUAGCAGAAGGACAAGAUAUUAUCUGUAUUGCUCUGAAUCAGGACAAUACAAAUCUAUUGGUUUCUACAGCAGAUAAACAGUUGAUAAUAUUCACCGAUCCUUCAGUAAGUUGCACCCGCUAUCAGUCUCUUGCUUUUUUCAUUUCUUUCUUACAUAUAUUACGAAAAAUACAUGCUUUGAGAACUCUUGAAUACCAUUCUCAAAUGAAACAUCACAGCAUAUAGCUUUGUUGCGUUCAGCUUUUCCACAGGGGAAGGAAGUUGUGAAUUGUGUGACUAGCUUUUUCUCUGGGCAAAUAUUUUAAACGAUUUUUCAAAUUGCAAUCGGGGAUGGGGAUGUUACUUAAGGCUCUUUUGUUUCACUGUUUGCUUGUUGUAAAGGAAAUGUAA